AAAAAAAUUGAUUAAGAAACUCCAUCUUCCUAAUAUAUUCAUAAAAAAAACCAGAACCAAUCUCAUCGUUGCUACAAGAAAAACUGUAGGAAGCAGCGAGAUUGGUUGAGAGAUCUGAGAAAUGGCGCCAGUCUCAGCUCUCGCAAAGUAUAAGCUUGUUUUUUUAGGUGAUCAAUCAGUUGGCAAAACCAGCAUCAUCACUCGCUUCAUGUAUGAUAAAUUCGAUAAUACCUAUCAGGCUACCAUCGGUAUUGAUUUUCUAUCAAAAACCAUGUAUCUUGAAGAUCGAACUGUUCGUUUGCAGUUGUGGGAUACAGCUGGGCAGGAAAGAUUCAGAAGUCUCAUCCCAAGCUAUAUUAGGGAUUCAUCUGUCGCAGUCAUUGUCUAUGAUGUCGCAAGUCGGCAAACUUUCCUGAACACUUCCAAAUGGAUUGAAGAGGUUCGCACUGAGAGGGGUAGUGAUGUGAUCAUUGUCCUUGUUGGAAAUAAAACUGACCUUGUGGAGAAAAGGCAAGUUUCUAUAGAAGAAGCAGAAGCUAAAGCUCAUGACCUUAAUGUCAUGUUUAUAGAAACUAGUGCGAAGGCUGGUUUUAAUAUUAAGGCAUUGUUCCGUAAAAUUGCUGCUGCCUUACCGGGCAUGGAAACACUCUCUUCAACAAAGCAAGAAGAUAUGGUUGAUGUGAAUCUCAAGUCUACCUCUGGAGCUUCAUCACAGUCUCAGGCUCAGUCAGGUGGAUGUGCUUGUUGAUGCUGGGAAACUCCGGCUUACCAAUUCUCGUGUCACUUCUUUGAGAAUCUUCAACAAUUUUUACUCGGAUAUGUAAAUUUAAAAUUAAGAUUCCUUUUUUUUCUUCUCUCUGCUUCCUGUUCUGUUGAGAAACUUUGCCGCUGAACGCUUGGAUUAGGACCUGUGGUUCAUUCUUAUGUUUGUUAGGUUGGUUGUAGCUUGCGGGACGUGUAGUUGAACUCUCCGAUUCCGGUAGGUUUUUAUUUUGUUUUUCAAUUUACUAUAAACUGAUAAUAGUUGAUGGUUAAUAGGAUUGAUUGCAAAUUUUAAUA